CCCAGCCGGAGGUGGAAGAUGGCGGAGCCGGGGCCGGAUUGCAGCUCUCUGCUCGACGAGGAUCUCUCCUCCUUCGUCUUCAGUUACCUAGCUGACAGCCAGUAUGAGGUGUCUGGCGAGGAGCACCUCUACUCCGACUUCCCCGAGAUCGAUCUGUCCCAGCUGGACGCCGGCGACCUGGACUCUGCCGGCUGCUUCAGCGAGCUGCAGUGGGGCGGGGAGCACUCGGAGACCGACUCCAGCCAGUACAGCACCGACGACUCCGAGCUCUUCCAGAUAAUAGACAGCGAGAACGAAGCGCUGCUGGCAGCCCUCACCGAGACUUUGGAUGAUAUACAGGGAGAUGACAUGGGCCUGGCUGCCUUCCGAACUAUGGAAGAGGGGGACACGCUCAACCCUGCCACCACCUCACCUGCCCCCUCCCCCAAACCCACCGCCCCGGUCACGGGGGGGCCGCCCCCGGCCCCCGAGUGUGAUGAGCUGUCUCUACUGAAGAAGCUGCUCCUCUCUCCGUCGCCUCCGAGCUGCGAGGCCCAGCGGGACGGGAGCGCCCGGCGCCCGGGGACCCCAAAAUCCCGUCCCCCACGGCCCUGCACAAAGGUGGAGGGUCCCCGGGACAGGAGGGCGAGCGUCCCGCAGGCACAGAGCCGCAGCUGCACGGAGCUGCACCGGCACCUCACCUCCAGCACCUCCUGCUCCCAGACCAAAGCCCCCCAGGCACCCGAGGAGUGCCCCGGCAGCGGCCACCACCCGUCCCUGGGCGGCUGCGCCCACCACGAGGACGACAGCGACUCCAGCGAGGACUCGCUGAGCUCCGGCGACUCGGUGGCCGCCCUGUCCUCGGCGGAGGAUGGCACGGGCAGCCAGUUCUCCUGCGAGGGGGAGCUGCACUCGGUGGUGGAGCUGAUCCGCUACAUGCACACCUACUGCCUGCCCCCUCGCAAGCUGCCCGCCCGCGACCCCGCCGACAGCAGGCCCCAGCCCUGCAGCAGCCCCUUCAAGAGAGCCAAACCGGACUGUGCCCCCGCGCCGGGCAGCGCCCAGAGCCGGCCGGGCUGCGCCUGGCAGGCAGCUGGCAGCAGCUGCAAGAAGCCCGGAGCGUCCUUCUCCAUCCUGAAGGAGCUGCUGGCGCGGGACCUGCUGUGCGAUGUGAGCAAGCCAUACCGCCUGGGCAAGCCCGUGUACGCCGCCCUGGCGCGGCCGCCCGGCUCCUGCUCCCCCGUGCCGCCCGAUGGGGAGGAUGCCAGCGGGACUUGCACAUCCAGAGUGAGAGCAGCGGCAGCAGAGAGGGGCGAGCCCCGGCAGAGCCCCGAGGCGGAGGCGCCGCGGGAGCCGGGGGGCCUUGAGGACGAUGCUGGGAGGCAGGAGGGCGCCGCGGGCGCGGGGAAGGCGGCCCGCAAGCAGGACAGCGCUGUUCACGCCGUGCGCCGCUCCAAGAGACUCAACCCCGAGCUCGGGCACUGGCUCUCCUUCCUCGAGGAGCCCCACGCCGAGCCCUCCGUGCCCCUGGGCUGCAGGGAGGCCGCGCCGUGCCCGGUGCUGGAGGGCUUCUCUGCCGAAGAGCCGGCGGCCGAAGUGGAGGUGGGGGGCACAGCCCCAUCGGCGGAGCCCCAGCCCCUCUGCCUGGGCUCCCUGGGGGAUGGCGAGGUGGCCACCGAGAGCCGGCGCUGUGCCCUCCUGGAGCAAACAGAAACACCCAGGUGUCUCACGCUGUCCUUGGCACAAACUGACCCAACCUUUGGGAAGAGAAACUUUGAGCCAAUGCUGACCGUGGAGCUGUGUGGGACAGCAGGUCUCACACCGCCCACCACUCCGCCAUAUAAACCCGCCGAGGAGGACCUGUACAAGCCAGACAUCCCCCAGGAGGCAGGGAAGGAGGAGGGGAUGGCCCCCAGCCCCGGGGGCGCCGGGGACGCGGCAGCCUCACGGAAAGCCCCCAGGAAGCACCCGGAGAGGACGGAGCUGUUCGCCCACCUGAGCCGGGCGCGCCCGCUCCCCGAGCAGCAGGGCUUGCUCAAGCGGCCCUUCUCCCGCUCCUUCGGGGACCACGACUACUGCCAGGUGCUGAAACCCGAGCCUGCCCUGCAGAGGAAGGUGCUCAAGUCCUGGGAGCCCCCGAGCCAGGUGGAGACCGAGCACAAGAGGAGGGUCCCGGCCGCCCACUACCAGGGGCUGGAGCUCGGCAAGGACACGGGCACCGAGAUGCUCUGGAAGGACAAGGACGGCGUCAAGCAGCUGAGAGACCAGGAGAUCAGAGCCAGCUUAACAAAGCACUUUGGCUUUCUGGACAGUGCCCUCGACGACGAGGACAUGGUCUUCUGCAAGACCCCCGAGUACGACACCGUCUUUGAGGACAGCUGCAGUGAGAGCGGCUCCCCCGUGGAGGAGGAUGAGGAGGAAGAGGAGGAGGAAGAGGAGGAGCAUGGCGACACCAAGCUGUGCCUGAGGAGAAGCGCCCUUUCCAGGACCAGUUUGCAUUACUGCUCCCGGAGCAGGUCCAGCUCGGGCUCCUCGUGCUGCCGGUCGCGGUCACCUGCCAGCAGACGCACCUUCAGGUGUGAGAACGGCGAGCAGUGUCAGGGCGGGAGCGGGCAGCGGGGCCAGCUGAAGAAGAGACGGGAAAAGGCCAUCGGGGAAGGCCGGGUGGUGUACAUCAGAAACCUCUCCAGCAGCAUGAGCUCCAGCGAGCUGAAGAAACGCUUCGAGGUGUUUGGUGAAAUCGUGGAAUGUCAGGUCCUGACCAGGACUAACAGGGGGGAGAAGUACGGCUUCAUCACGUACCGGUAUUCCGAGCACGCCGCCUUAUCGCUGAAGAACGGCCCCUCGCUAAGGAAGAGGAACGAGCCCUCCUUCCAGCUCAGCUCUGGUGGCCUGGGGCGCUUCUUCUGGACCAGAUACGCUGACCUGGAUUGCAGCACGGACGAGUCCUCCCCAGCUCCGGUGAAAAGCAAGUACGAGACCAUGGAUUUCGACAGCUUGCUGCAGGAGGCCCAGCUCAGCCUGCAUCGGUAACAGCCUUAACCUUGGAGGAAUACCUCAAUACCUCAGUCAAGGCACUUCCAAUAUGUUUACGUUUUCAAAGAAAUUAUUCAGUCUAUGGCAAGAGAGAGAGCGAGAGAGAGCGAGAGCACGCCCGCGAGAGAGAGACUGCUGUCCCCUGAUCGAUGUUUACAUUGAACGAAGCUGCUUCUGUCUGUGAGUCCCCAUGGUGUUGAUGUCUCACUGCCACACGUUAGUCCCCCCUCUGCUUCUGACUGGUUGUUUUAGGGUGAGCCUAGGAGCCCCCCGGCCCCUCUUCCCCUCCCAGCCCUCCCCAUGCUCCCGCCGUGGAGUUGCAGCUGUGUUCACCAUAACAUUUUUUUGUCCGUAGUGUGUGAUGAUGAAAUUGUUCAUUGUGAAUAGAAUCAGGAUUAUAAACUAAUUUUUAAUAGAAGAAGAGAAGAAAAAAAAAAAGUAUAUACUUAAAAAAAAAAAUGUAUUUAUGGCUCAGAUGUACUGUAAUUCAGAUUUAUUGUACCGCUUCCUUGAUUUUUAACUAUGCACUGUAAUGAGGCACUUGCCACUCAGCAAAUGGGGGGUCAGAGCAGUCACAGAGCUGACAUUCCCCUGCCUCCCCUGCUGGCAAACCGGGGUGCUCGGUGCUUGCCCCGGGGUCACCCACUCUGCUGUCAAAGCCAUUCUUCGUGCUGGCGUGGCCCGAGCCCCCCCAGCAUCACCCCCAUGCUGAGCUGGGUCCUGGUGGGUGAUGGAUGCAGCUUUGCAAGCUGCAGAGGGUGGGAGAGGGAUGCAUUGCCUGCAGCCAGCGCUGCUCCGGCCUCCGCUGCCUUUGGAGCCAGGAGAGAGGGGCUGGGGGGCUGCAGCCAGCUGGGCACAUGGGUCCUGCUGGCACAGCCUGGGGGAUGGAUGUCUCCGGUCCGUGUGGAGGAGCUGGCUCCUCUCCAGCUCCUUGGAUGCCCGGGAGACUGGCCAGGCCCUGUGGCUUGAUCCACACUGGCUUCCACACCCUGCAAAGCAAGCGGGGCGAGAAGACCUGUCCGUGCUUCCCACUGGGCAGCCAGCCCAAAAUGCAGCCCAAAGCCCAGCCCCAAAUGCAGCCCAAAGCCCAGCCCCAAAUCCAGAGGGGCAGGGCGGGCACAGCACCCACCCUGAACACCCACCCAGCACCCUGCCCCGUAGCUGAUAAGCCAUACACGUCCCAGCACCCACCCGCACCCCGGAGCCAUCCCGCGCCCGCCAGCGCCCCGGGGCACAGCUCUGCCUCUGGCCAAGGGCCCUCAGCACUGGAUUGAAGUGUAAAAUGUACUCGUGGACUUGCCCUCCAUGUGUGGGUGUGGUGGGAUGGGGACACAGCCCCCCACCAGCCGGAGCAAAGCCCACCACCAGCCGGCCAGAGGCACUGUUUUCCCAAGGGAGCGGGAACCUUGCUGCUCCUCAAGCCAUUGCCACCUCCUCCUUUUAUUUUUGAGCCCCAGAGACCACUAGGGAUUCAGCCAUCCUCUGUAGAUAGAAUAUUAUAGCCUUAACUCUGCCAAUAGAUAGAUUAGAGUCUCGUGGGGUCUCCCCUCCCCAUGACCUGGGGGUUUUAUCCCCGGUUCCCUGGGUACGUUCCGUCCCGCAGGGAGAGCGACCAAAGCCUCGGAAAUGGCACAAGAUGUGACGCCAGGAGCCGGAGCCCUGCCAGGGUGGCCCCUGGAGUGCAGCUGGGCUCUGGCAGGAGCAGGAAUGCCAGCAGCGCCGACACCAGCACAGCUCCCUGGCUGCUCCCCUCGGGAGAGCCGUGGUUCUGACAACAGCCAGCCCGGCAGCGCCAGGGCCCGGAGGCCACCGCGGGGUCCCCAAGGCGCCGCCGGUGACGAUCGCUGCCAGGGAACAGUCCUUGUGCCAUUCCAGCCUCAGCAGCGAAAUCUGGCGUCUCUCCCGCCCCAAAAUCCCCCGGUUCUCAUGCCACCUUAGCGAGCAGCUCUGGCCGAGACUGAGCAUCUGCUAUUGGCAAUUGCCUCAUUGUAGCUUUGCCUUUUUCUGUCCUAGUAUUUCCUCACGAUGAUGAUGUUUACAUGUGAUUGCUAUAGAGCUUAUGUAGAAUGUAUAUAGCGACACAUUUAGGGUGGGUAGUACUGUCCUGUGCUGUGCUGAUGUUUUUCAGAAAACAAGCGAUCAAUCAAAAAAAACAAACAAACAAAAAAAAA